GCAGCGAGAGCUAUCCUAUAUAAUACGCACCCCACGGCCAAAGAUCCAUCCAACCCCAUUUCACAGCAUCCAUCCAUUCCAGAGCAAUAACAGCUUCCUGACUUCCCAUCUCAUCUCAUCGAGUGUUUUUCGAUCGGUUGCCAAUGGCGGACAUAGCGAUGCUGGUGGCCGACGAGGCGUUCGAGAAGAGGCUGCAGCGAGGGGCGCCCUUCGCCGGCGCCGGCGAGGAGGCGUCCAAGGGACGGGAGAACUUCGGGGCCGUGACCAAGGUGUGGGGCUCCUGGGCGUCGGGGGUCAAGGUGCGCGUCGCGCUGCUCGUCAAGGCCGACCUGGUGGCCGAGCCCAAGACCCCGGUCGCCCUGGCAGCCUUCGACGGCUUCUUCUCUGCUUGAUGAGUGUGAAUUAAUUCGGAGGAGUUUACCGUGUGGAGUACCUCCCCCCCUUAAACCAGUGUCAUGGAACUCCGAUUUGUACAUAACCGUGUGCUUUACUGAUUUGCAACAAAGAGAAGUACACUUUUUGAA